AUGGCGGUGCCCUCUACCUACCAUCAGUGCAUCAAAUAUCCAUUACCUCCACCUAUAAAUGAAGGGAUAAUUGUUGCGGAUAAUGAUCCCUUUAAUGGGGUUGAAGCUUACUAUGCGGAUGCUCGUUUUUACACAAAGGCUUCGCAAAAUAGAGUGAAGGGCUCAACAGAUACUAAAAGCGUGAAAUCUCCGACAAAGAGGGCAUUUCGCUACAUUCCAAAGUCUCAAAGGAAGCCAGGGACAAGUGCUUUAGCUCCGAUAAACCCAACUUUGGAGUUAAAAGAUGCAUUUGUCUUGCCAUUACAGAAGGCAGAAUGCACAUAUGUGGAGAACUAUCUGAAAGUUGGUCUUGAUCCUGAAAAAGUAUCCACACAAACAGUAGCACCUUUUGACUCUGUGCUAACUCAUGCACAAGCCAAAUCCCUUCAGCAAGGAAGUCCUAUUGUGGCCACCAGGGAAGGAUUGGGUUAUCAAGCCGCGGAAGAAAAGCUCUCUGUAAAUAUGAUUACAGUGGAAGGGGCCUCAGAUGAUGGGAUUGAAGAUGAGACAUAUCCCAUACCAACACAAUCUGAAGAAGGAGGUCAGGCUACAAUUGACGAGCUUCACGAAGUCAAUCUUGGUGAUGAAGGAGAGAAUAAGCCAACUUUCAUCAGUGCAAACUUGGCAGAGGGAGAGGCUCAGAGGUACAUCUCUUUUCUAAAAGAGCAUCGCGAUGUUUUUGCAUGGACUUACAACGAGAUGCCUAGACUUGAUCCUGGAGUUGCAGUUCAUAGACUCGCAAUCCAUCCUGAGAAAUGGCCUGUUACACAAGCACCAAGAAGGACACGGCCAGAAUUGACGUCCCAAAUCGAGGCUGAAGUCGAUAAACUCCUUACAGCCGGAUUCAUUAGAGAGGUUAAAUACCCGACUUGGUUGGCAAACAUAGUCCCAGUUCCGAAAAAGAAUGGGAAAAUACGGAUUUGUAUUGACUUCCGCGAUCUCAAUGAAGCUUGUCCUAAAGAUGACUUUCCUUUACCCAUCACCGAACUUUUGGUUGAUGCAACCACAGGUUACGAAACCUUGUCAUUCAUGGACGGAUAUUCGGGUUAUAAUCAAAUCCGAAUGGCCCCCGAAGAUGAAGAGUUGACAGCUUUUAGAUCUCCAAAAGAGAUCUUUUGCUAUACGGUGAUGCCUUUUGGUCUAAAAAAUGCUGGGGCAACAUACAAAAGAGCAAUGACAGUGAUAUUUGGUGAUAUGUUGCAUAACAUCGUUGAGUGCUAUGUUGAUGAUCUUGUCGCCAAAACUAGAAAUAAAGAAGAUCAUUUGGAUGACUUGAAGCAAAUUUUUGAACGCUUAAGGCGGUACAAGCUAAAGAUGAACCCGUUAAAGUGCGCUUUUGGGGUUUGUUCAGGUAAAUUCCUUGGGUUUGUAGUUCGAAGCAGAGGAAUCGAAAUUGAUCCUGCGAAAAUCAAGGCUAUCCUCGAAAUGCCUCCCCCCCAAAAUUUGAAGGAGUUGAAAGGGUUACAAGGAAGAUUAACCUAUAUAAGAAGGUUCAUCUCUAACUUAGCAGGGCGAUGCUUGCCGUUCUCAAGGCUAAUGAAAAAGGGUAUACCUUUCGAAUGGGAUCAAUCAUGCCAAAACGCAUUUGAUAGUAUCAAGGCAUAUCUCAUGAAACCCUCGGUACUUAUGAGCCCAACCAAAGGAAAAUCAUUGUUGCUAUACAUUGCUGCUCUUGACUGCUCAUUGGGAGCCCUUUUGGCCCAACAUAACGAACAAGGGAAAGAACAGGCUUUGUAUUAUCUAAGUCGUACUUUGGUUGGUGUAGAACUCAACUACUCUCCGAUUGAGAAAACAUGUCUCGCUUUGGUGUUCGCCUUGCAAAAGUUAAGACAUUACGUCUUGGAGCAUGAAGUCAAAUUGAUAUCAAAGGCUGACCCUUUGAAGUAUAUAUUGUCAAGGCCAAUACUCUCUGGGAAAAUUGCAAAAUGGGCUGUAAUCCUCCAACAAUUUGCAAUUGCUUAUGUUUUCCAAAAAGCAGUAAAUGGUCAAGCCUUAGCAGACUUUUUAGCAGCGCACCCAAUCCCUGAUAAUUCACCUCUAGCCAUUGAUCUACCAGAUGAAGAGGUCAUGCAAGUUGAAGUUCAAAAAGCAUGGGAGAUGUACUUCGAUGGGGCAACAAGGAGUCCAAAUGGCCAAAAGCAAGAAGAUAUAAAAAAUAACAACUCUGGAAUCGGUGUUGUGUUCGUCACACCAAAUAAUGCCAUAAUCCCUUAUUCCUUUGCCUUGACAAAAGGAUGUUCAAACAAUGAGGCAGAAUAUGAAGCUGUAAUUGCUGUAUUGGAAUUGGCAUUGCAAAUACCGAUCGAAGAGCUCUUAGUCUGUGGAGAUUCUGAGUUGGUGAUAAAACAGUUGUGUGGAGAAUAUAUCGUUAAAAAAGCAAGCUUGGCCCCAUACCACGAAAGGGCUAGCCAGUUGCUUUCACAAUUCAAGAAAGUUAACAUUUUCCAUGUUAAAAGAAGAAUAAAUGCUCAAGCAGACUCCUUGGCAAGUUUGGCUGCCUCGCUCUCCCUGCUUGAUAGGGAGACAAUAACUGUUACAGUUGGAGAAAGAAGAGUUCUACGACCCUUAAUUGAAAUCUCAGAAGUAUUGCCAGUUUUUGCAGCCACAAUAAAAGAAGGUGACGAAAAUUGGCGUGAGCCCUUUAUAAAUUACCUCCAACAUGGUAGGCUUCCAGAGGAUAAAGCAAAAAGGGCAGCGGUAAAGCGUCAAGCCACAAAAUUCAUCAUGUAG